AUGGAAAAGGGUAAAUCUUCGCAGAAGCAGGGCUUGAUGCAGAUCCCGGAAGCCAUAGACCCGGGAAUAACGCUGCCCUUAUAUGAAGACGAACUCAAUGACAAUGAUCCGAACCAGCCUCAAAAAUUGGGCUCGUACCGCGUUAGAGCAGGCAAGUUCUCCAACACACUAAGCAAUCUGCUUCCCAGCAUCAGUGCCAAACUUCACCACUCGCGGAAAGCUUCAGGAACGCCCAAACACACGUCAGAAACGGCUGUUAGUGGGUCGUCGAGCAACAACACUUCUCGGUCUCAAAUGAGUCUUUCUGGCCAAAUUACACCACCAGAAGCGUCCCAGCCAGUGUCAGAAGAUAUGCUGGGCAGGUCUGAAGAUCCGUUCUUCGGCUCGGUCAUGCCACCUCGCACUUCCGGGGAAUCGUUUUCCUUCAACACCAGUGGUCCAAAUUUGCACGCUACAAACUCCAACACCGUGUCCCGGACCAGAAACAACACCGUCUCCUCCCAGAUCACCUCUCUGUCAGGCAUGCCACCAACCACGGGCAGCUUAUGGUCGACGAACACCUCGCCAAACGAGGCGCAGGUCAUAUCCGGUUUGGCUAGCGCACCAUUUGCAUCUGCUAGCCCACUGAACGAUUAUUCCUCCAGCACCUACUUUGACGUUGGCAAGCAUGGCAGCACCGCUGCCACCCAUCAUAACACAAGCAAUCUGACAGUGCCGGGAGUGGUUCCAGGCAUUACUCAAAACAGUGCAAACGGGAACACUGGCAAUAUCUGGAACACACGUCAAAGGUCUCAUUCCAAUGCGUCUAGUAUCUACACAGACGCUCCAAUUUACGAAAACAAAGCUAUGAACAGAUCGAGGGCCUCGACAUUUGGCCUAGGACUAGAACCUACCCCACUGCCUGUUCAUAACCAUACCGCCGCAAGACAACACACUUUACCAUCGCCUUUGGUCGUCGACGACAUCGACCCUAGGUCAAUCAACUGGGUCACCACAGACCCUUCUGUUCCUGCGAUAAAUCAAAUUUCUACUCUUCUCCCAACCAACACAGUGUCCAUAUCCAACGUUUAUUCUUUGCAGCAACAACAGCCAAAGCUGGCUGAUGCCGUGAAUCUCACUAGUAUGAGUUUGGCGACACUUUGCAUGAAAUUCGGUAUCGUAAUGUCAGCGAGAACACUUAAACGAAUCAAUAUGGCCCUCGUCGAGUUCGACUCGGUAGAGUCCGCUAUGCGAGCAAAGGAUGGCUUACAUGGGAAAGAGGUUUCUUUGGUUGGUGCUCCAAGCUCUGUGUCGUUUGCGAAAGUUUUACCAAUGCAUCAGCAAGCCAUGUCUUCCUCCCACUCUUUGGCGAGCAAUUCAACAGCCAUAAAUGGGCCCCAAUCCUUACUUCAGGAACAACUUUAUAAUGGUGCUUUGACAUUUCAGCAGCAGGGAAAUGUCUCGAUUCCUGUAUUGACCGGCCCAACUCAACAGCAAGCUCAACCGAUCGUUUCGCAGCCUCAAACACUAUCGCAGCAUCCUCAGUCGCAGUCGCAACAGCAAUCACAUUCAAAUGCUAACUCGAUUCAUCAUGCCACUCCAUCGCAUGGUAGUUCGGAGAAGGAGCACUGUCCUUUUCCUUUACCACCUCCAAAUUUCUCUAACCACAUUCAAGCUCUUGAAGAUAUUAUAAAUUCCUUCGGAGCAAGUCAUGACUCCGCCCAAACUAAACACAUCAUCAACAAUGCGUUAUUGUGCAGUGGAACUACAGACACAGCCGAUUUUGGCCCAUUACCAGAUCCUUUGCCCAACAGAGAGUUUGACGCUCCUAAACUUCGCGAAAUCCGUAAAGCAAUUGAUUCAAACUGUAUGAGUGAACUCGAUAUUGAGCAACUGGCCAUUGCAAUGCUGGACGAAUUACCAGAGCUGUGCUCCGACUAUCUAGGGAAUACGAUUGUUCAGAAAUUAUUUGACCAUUCAUCCACAGUCGUUAAGGACAUUAUGCUGAGACGGACAAAUUCCUUUUUAACCUCCAUGGGUGUUCAUAAAAACGGUACUUGGGCAUGUCAAAAAAUAAUCACCAAGGCCGACACCCCAAGACAAAAAAUGCUCGUUGCCAAAGGCGUGGAAAAAUACUGCACACCUUUGUUUAACGACCAGUUUGGUAACUAUGUUACUCAAUGCGUUCUUAAGUUUGGGUUUCCCUGGAAUAACUUUAUAUUCGAGCACAUCAUCUCAAAUUUCUGGACAAUCGCACAAAAUAGAUAUGGAGCACGAGCUGUCAGGGCAUGUUUGGAGGCCCACGACCUAAUCACUAGGGAGCAGCUUCUUGUGCUAAGCGGUAUGAUUGUCUCAUACACAGAAUACCUGGCUACCAACAGCAAUGGUGCCUUGCUCGUUACCUGGUUCCUGGACACGUGCACCCUUCCUCACAGGCAUUCUAUUCUAGCACCUCGACUAGUUGUGAGUAUGGCAGAAAUGUGCUGCCACAAACUUGCAUCGCUAACGGUUCUUAAGGUCCUCAACUACAGAGGGGACGAAAGAGCUAAACGACUCAUUCUCGAUACCAUCUUUGGGAAAAAGGACAGCACCUAUCUUUCUCCACUUCUGUUCCGGAUACUUUGCGACACCAAUUAUGGUCCCACUUUCUUGUACAAAGUCCUUUCGAUGUCGCUUCUCGAGGGCGACGUCAGAGUGCACGUUGUGCAACAGGUGCGUCAAGCACUCAUGGAGAUCAACCCGACUCCACAGCAUCGCCGUCUGAUGGAGGAAGUGGGCCUUGGCGGAGCGGCAGUUGUUUCUACGGCAACACCAUCAACGGCGUCAAGCUCAUCCAAACAUCGUCCUAGUAUCUCUCAAGUUUUCAACAGUGACGGAGUCGGUCACGUGCGCAACGUCUCAGUGGGAAGUAAUUUGAGUAACGGGUCGCGUCCACGGGCACUAUCCAACAGCGGUCUAGCUGCAAUCCCGGCCGGAACCGCAGUCUCCGGAGCGGCUUCUUUCGAUCCCGUCUCAUUGAACUUGGGCCCCAAUCAGAACCAGAAAUUGACGGCGUCUAGUGGCUACUACAACUAUCCUGGAGGGUAUCCGAUUGCAGCAGGCAACAGCAGAGGCGCGUACUCUAUGAAUGGAGAUGAUUUGUCGUCGCAAUUUGACAUGUUAAAUUUCCAAAAUAACACCCAGAUAUCGCUCCCCCAGAUAAGCAUGAGCAACAGCAAUAAGCCGGCAGCCAACAACAACAGCAACAACAUUAACAACAAUUAUCUCAAGCCAUCCAGUAGCAAUAACGGGUCGAUUUACGGCUCAUACGGCUACUGA